CGAGUUUUGUUUGACUGAUGUAAUAAGUAAAAUUAAUAGUUGAUGUUUCGGUAUGCAUGAUGCCCAAUAUCCAUAUUUUUUUCUUAUAUUACUGCUGGACAUGCUAUCACCGUAAUAUCAACUUUUAUAGUAACCUAGUUGCCAGUAAACAUUGCAUACCGUUUAAAUUUUCUCAGUGUUGUGAAGAAAAGUAAAAUGGGUUCAUGACUCGAAGCACGCAAUACUCGGACUUUUGACUAAUUAUUGUAAUCACUAGUCGCAAUAAUGGCUGGAAAUACAUUACCUGAAAAAGUGUCCCAGAUUUACUACACAUACGGUUUAUUCUGUUCGUCGUAUCCAGCCACCGCCGUAUUUCUAUCGCUUUCUGUUGUAUUAUUAUGUUGCUAUCCUCUUCUCAAUGUCCCGCUACCUGGAAAUAUACCAACGGUCGUAAACCUGCCUUUACACAUGAAUAGUGAACAAAAUAUAAAUGACUGCAGUGUAAACAAUUGUCACUCAUUAGGUUACCCAUUCCAAAUGGACGUAUUGUAUAACGAAACACAAAAGCUUCCACAUGUAUGGGUGAAAGAUAAGCCAUUUCUUUACAUACAUCAAAUUAUUAUGAGGAUAGGGGUAUCUCCAUGGAAUAGCAAUUUGAAAAUGUGGGAUGCUUUCCGAGCACCAUUACAAGAAGUGUUCCGAUUGUUGGAAACUGUGAGAAACCAUGAAGACCCUAAUUUAAAAGGGACGCUCCUGCAGUACUGCUACCACAUUGAAAACGUUAAGAGAAGAAACAGCAAAGCAAACACCGAAAACGUGUUACCAGAAUAUAGCUGUCUCCUUCUGUCGCCUGCUAAUCUGUGGCAACAGAACUUACAGUCGUUUUCCCUGGACGCCAAUAUUAUCAACACAGUUUACAACUAUCAGAACUUACAAACGGGCAAAGUGUCGAUAGCAGAGAUGGCGUUUGGUUUGCAUCUGAAAGAUACCGGGAUCAAGAGGUACCCGCUGCGGUCGAGGCCCAGAGUACUACAGUAUGCCAUCACGAUAUUCUACCAGCAUGCCGACGAAAGGUUCAUCAACUCGCUGUCGGAUAAGCUGAGAGAGAUGUACCCGCUAUAUCAGGACUCGCCUCAGUCUAAUCCAGGGGAAGUGUCCCUUAUAUACUACCCAGGCCAGUUCAACUACCGAGAACUUGUGCCUCUCAUGAUCACAUUCAUAGGCCUAUUCCUCUACGUAUAUUUCUCUGUGCGAAAAAUAGAGUUCAUCAAAUCCAAAUUCGGCCUAGCCGCCUGCUCCGUGGUUACUAUUGCUGCAAGCCUCUCCAUGUCGAUGGGAAUAUGUUUCUACUUCGGAUUCUCACUGAGUCUGCAAGGGAAGGAGAUAUUUCCGUACUUGGUGAUAAUAGUCGGACUUGAGAAUAUACUGGUUUUGACUAAAAGCGUGACGUCUACAGACUCCAGGCUCGAUGUUAAAAUCCGACUAGCCCAGGGAUUGAGCAAAGAAGGAUGGUCAAUAACGAAAAACCUCCUCACAGAAAUAACAAUCCUCACAGUCAGCUUCUUCACAUUCGUCCCAUUCAUACAGGAGUUCUCUAUAUUCAUGAUAGUCAGCCUCAUCUCGGACUACUUUAUCCAAAUGGUGUUUUUCGCCACGAUACUCGGCAUAGACGUCAGACGCAUGGAAUUCUAUCCCGAGCAAAACAACAAGCUGUAUUUGAAGGAAUAUUUCAAUGGAAAUAAUGUCCUGAAUUGGCGCUACAACAAAGGGUAUAUGGAGGAUUAUAGCAGUUCCCCAUCUAGAAUGACCAAGUCGAAAUCCCACCCCAGACUGAACGGGCUGGCUCACAAUAGUCCGACGGAUGUGGUGGCUCAAAGAAACCCCAGUCCGGGCAGCCAAGACGCCAGAGUACCCAAGCGAAUACGCCUGGUGAACAUGUGGGCUAGGACGCGAUUCUUUCAGCGCGCUUUUAUGGUGUGGAUGUUGGUUUGGAUAUCGAUGAUAGUUUACAAUUCCGGCGUCGUUGAAUACUUUAUCGCGAAUAUAGAUAAGAUGGACAAUAAGGGGGACCAGAAACGGCAUAAGGUUAAGGAGGAGGUGCAGCUCGAUUACAACAUUUACAACAGCACGUCGCGAAAUCCGUUUAUAUUCACGCCAUUGUUGGAGGUUGACUCUCGCAAGGCGGUCGUGGACGCUAAUGAAACUAUAUUCUUGAAAUAUUCGCCGCACUACCGACCAUGGUCAAGGCUAACCCCAUACCAUUGGUCGACGAUACUAUCGCAGUACAACGAAUCGCUAGCUGGUAGAUACGUGGUCGUGUUGCCUCCGGUGCUCCUCAGCCACCGUGUCAGCCCGGAGCUGGCUGCCGGAGUGCGGCAUCUGGAUGAGAGGGAUCCGCCCCCGCUGCGCUGGCAGGCCUUAGCCGCGGCCUUGGACCCUAUUGAUAUAUUGCCAGAUUUCGAAUACAGCGAUGGUAAAACUCAGCCGUAUCAAUGGGGGAAGGGGACAGAGCUGCCGAUAUACCCUACGACGCCGAUGGAAAUAUUACUGCUCGCUAUACUAUGUUCCAUCAGUGUAGCUGUCAUCGCGUAUAUGAUGGUGGUGCUAUACAGGUGUAUUUGUUCUCGGCACUACGCAGAAUGGCGCGCGUCUUGGAAUGAGGAUGAGGAGUAUAGAAAAAUAAUUGCUAAGCAGCCUGCUGUUCAGCUAGUAAUGGAAGCGGUGCCCAUAGUUGUGGCUGGCCACAACCAGGAGGUUGAGUGUCUGGUGACUGACGGCGAGAGGGUCGUCAGCUCCUGCCUCCAGGGCAACGUCAAAGUCUGGGAAUCCCUCAACGGGGAGAUGAUCACCAAUAUUGAUAGACAGGGAUACUUCAAGCUACAACAUCAGCUUUUAGAACCGCAUAUUCAGAAAAUCGACGCAUAUGAAGAAAAAAUCAAGCCAGUCCAAAUUUUAAACUCAUCAGAUGUAGCACCUGAUCCAACGCAACAGGAAAUGCCGCGUUUAAGAAAGGGCCUAAGCAGUCACCUGAAAAAUAUACAGUUUCGUAACAACAAUAAUCAUCGGGAUAUCAACUAUUUAACACAGUUGGAAAGCACGAAAUAUGAUUUCGCUAAGGUUUACAGAGAACUUUAUUGUUCAGACCGAAACAGCAAAUACGACACACGAGAUAUAGACAAACACAAAGAUACAAACUGUAACGGCCUAGAUUUUGAUGAAAUUGUACCGAUGAGAACCAGAGCACAUACGGGUAAUGGACUACGAAAUAGACGUGAAAAACCAGUCGACAGAACGAAAAGUGAUGUCAAUAGUGACAUGUUAGAUUGGCGGUCUAGAGCCAUACAAGAAUCGCCUAUUUGGUGUAUGGACUUUUGUAAUGAUCUAAUCAUAUUGGGCUGUGCCGACGGUCGCUUGGAAUUCUGGGAGGCUAGCACGGGGAAGUUAUUAUGCGUAUGGUGGUUCCCGGCGACGCGCGUGGACGGAGUGGGCGUAUCGCACGUGAAGGCGCUGGCAGGCGCGCGGCGCGUGUGCGCCGCCUCGCUCGCCGGGCACGUGACCCUGUUGCGGCUCGACGUGUAUACGCAGAGCGGCGCGCACGUCGACUGGAACUUCAGCACGGCGCACCGACGCACACACAAGAGAACGGGCUCGGCGGAUCUGUCGCACAGCGGAUAUCUGGACGACGACGUGUCGCGCACUCGUAUGAGGUUCUCUUACGACACCGAAAGUGGCGACAGUGAAGAGGUAGUGUGUAUACGUAUCGCGUAUUGCCGGCCGCAUCAGCAGCCCAUCACAGAACUACAUUCAGAAGGAGGAAGAAUACUCACAGGUGGACAGGAUCACAUACUAAAAGUGUUCUCAAGUUCGGAGCUGACGCCCCUAUUCACACUGCACGGUCACUGCGGGCCAAUCACCAGCUGUUUCAUAGACCACGCCACGCCCACUAUAGCGGGCAGUGGUUCGCAGGACGGACUGUUGUGCGUUUGGGACUUACAUACAGGGGCGUGUCUAUACAGCAUGCAGGCGCACGACGGCACGGUGACGUCACUGACAUACACCGCGUCAUACGUCGUGUCGGCCGGUGCUGACGAGCGGCUGUGCAUAUGGGACAGGUUCCAGGGACACAUGCUCAAUAGCAUACACAUUGGUCUGAGCUACAUGAGCCGCAUGCUGCCGUUGACGCACACGAUGCUCGUGAUGGGUGACCGCAGCGGCCUCACCGCGUACGACCUGAGCAGCGGUGACGUCAUCAGACGGGUGCUCUUCGGCCAAAGCGAUGGGUGCAUAUUUGUGAGACAAAUAUUGCCGUUGAAAGACGCGAUAGUCUGUGAUUACGCUAACCAACUCAGGAUCGUACGGUUCCCCCUUGUCUCGAAACUAGAAAUGAAAAAUGAUUAGCAAUACCUUAACCAAUGAUAGAUAACCUAGGUAUUAACACAGCAUAGAAUUGUUGAAAAUCUUCAUAAAAUGCGCCGCGAUCGGUUCCUAUGUGUGUGUACCUGGGUGCGUGUAGGCGUCUGACGUACACACACACAUUCAAACUGGCGGCGCGUUUGUAUGAAGAUGUCCUACAGAUCUUUACUGUGAUAUUUUAAAAUGCAAAGACUAUUUUAGGUUUACAACGGUAGACUACUUCAGUGUCUUAUUUAUAUUAAAAUGUAAUUUAGUACUUAUGUCAUACUGUACAUAUAGCAUGCUCAUACAUGUUGGCGAAUUAGUUUAAAAUAGUAAUUUAUUGAUAAGUCGUUUAUCAUUUAUCAAAGUAAGUUUACUGGAAAAUUAUUAUAAGCUGUAGCUGUGAAUGUUUUGUAUAAUCUUAAUGGUAAGAAUAUUUUUUUAAUUGUCAUAUCUCAGAUGAAAUAAAAAGGUGAAGAUAAAGUUUUGUGAGCAAACUCAGGCCGAUGGAUCAGAAUACGCACACACGUAAUCUGUAAAGCGAGGUUUGCUUGUGUGUGUUUAAUAAUAUAUGUGUGUUGUGCGAAGCUGAAAAAACUUGCCUCCCUUCUUUUUUUGUCAAAAAUCUGUCUCUGCCUUUUUAUUUGGUCUACGUAAUAUUGUGUUUGUUGCUACGUAUGUGUAUAAAGAUUGACUGAUUAGAUGGCCGGCGAGCCAGGAGUUAGGUUCUAAGGCUGUGAUUGGUUGAGCUUUCAAUCUUAUAUUAGCUUUAUAACAUCUAGUUGACGUAAGUUCAUUAUAAUUUAGUCCAAACUGCGAGGCGAAUUAAAAACUUCAUGUUAAAUGUUAUUUGUAUUUUUUGUGAUUCGUCUCAUGGUUUGGACCAUAGUGUCAUUUACUAUGACUCUGAAGCUUCACAAUCUCAACGUAUUUCUAGAUCAUCACAAAUAAACAUUAUGUUUAGUAUACAUUAUUUAUGUUAUUAUUAUUAAUUUAAUAUCUUAGGUGUGCACUGCUUCUUAAACAAAAUUAUAAUUAAAAUUCUAGUGUGGGCUUGAAUGGCAAGCAUUAAAUUAAUGUUCUAUAAAGGACCAUGAGUACAGUAUAAUCACAAGCAGUUUUGAUUGACAUUAUUUUUAUCAUUAACACAACUUUUUUAUCAUCUUAAUGAAAAGUAGUGUUUUAAAGA